AUGGUUCUCCUUGACGAGGAACCCCACAGUCUCAUCAGCCACUGUAUCGAGAACUUCAACAUCUCCGGCGACAUGGAGUGCCUCGCAAAGUGCAAGAGUGAUCUCUCCAAGGUCGCCGACAAGCGCGGCAAGAUCCUCGACGACUCCCGAAAUACCCUACGAGCGCUUGCCCGCAAAAUGGACAUUGCAAAGCAGUCGAUGGAGGCGUCUGUUGCCGCCGCUUCGAAGAAGGAGCAUGGCGCCAAGAUGAUCAAGCUCGACCGCGAGAAGUUCUCGCUUGCGAAGAAUAUCAAUGAGCUGGAGAGCAGCUCGCAUCAUCUAGAGAGCCAACUGGCGCGACUAAAGGAGGAGCUCGAACAGGUGGAUGGGGAGGAUGCGAUGGCGAAUGCUAUGAUGGAGGCGGAGGAUGGGACAUUGUUGAAACUUAAGGUUUAUAGGAGCUUGGGAAUCGAUAUCCAGGAAGACGGCGCCGGUGGCUAUAAUAAGGCGGUGAUACGGAACUCGGCAAAGGGCGACGUGCAUGUUGUCAAUAUCGAGAAGAAGUUCUCGCAAUACUUCUAUGCCAAUUAUUUCUGGAACACCAUGUGA